AUGCUUCAUCCCAGCUCCUGUAACUCUGGCCCGAAUCGCCCGUCAUCCGACUACGCUGUCUUGCGAGAUUCCGCUGCAUCGCCGCGCUAUGUGUCAUGUGAUAUGGAUGGUCUGUCUCAACCGCGAGUCAUGAAUCCUUCGCAUUCUUUUGGUGGAUUGUCCAGUCGGGAGGACGAUGCAGCUUUGAAUUCGUCCCUCGAUUCGGAAGUAUUUUCCAGAUCCGACAAUACGCCUGCUUCGGCUCCGACCAAUAUGACCGAGGUUGAUCGCCGUUUACAUGACGUGGGGGUCGCAGCUCUGGCCGCUGUAGCCCAGUUUCCCCAUGCCGUCAAUAGCCACAGUGAUUCCUUUCUUGUGCCAGAAAUCGUCAACGCUGUGACGAGUACUGGUAGUCCUCCACACUUCUCGGGGCCUUCUUUGCAGCCAGCAAACCAGCAUUUUCAUGAGCCACCGGCAGCGCCUACCUUAUCUGACCCGGCAUUCGUCUUUGGAUCGGAUUUAGGCGGAGAUGUGAAUAUGGAAUCCAGUGUUCAGAACUUUAUUCAUCGCACCGCAGGACGGCACAGCAUCUCUAUUGCACCAGAUAGUAAUAUUGACGAUUAUCAGAAGGAUAUGCUUAUGGAUUACGAGUCGCCUACCAUGGAGGACAACCCAGCGGCGUUACUUGCAACUAGCGUUGAACUCGAGGAUUUCCUUCGGUUCUAUCCAGACGAAGAAGAGUACUACUACAAGCGCAAGGAACGCCCGACACACGAAGCUGACGUGGUAGAGUACGAUCUCGAUGAUUUCUACAACACUAUCAACUACGAAGACCUUGAAGUGGAUCCACAACCAACUGGAGCGUCUGUCCCAGAUCCCUUUGAGAAUCAUUUCGCCGAUCCCCUGGAACUCCCUGGUCCACACCCGGCAUCCAUAAUUCACACAUCCACAUACGAGCGUAAUCUUACGAUUGAUGAAUUCGUCCAACAUUGGAUGGUCUCAAUAAACACCAUCCCGCAGGGUUUCCACACUGAAAGUCGAAUUCCACCACAGCUGCGCCCGCUGUCCAAAAUGAUUAGUUGGCAACCUCCACGGGAGACUGUGCGGCCGCGUAACUGGAGACGUGAUUUCUAUGAUCUGCAGCAGAUCCCAUGGACAGAGACUUUGCGAGUGACGCGGUCCGAUGCACGUGCGGUGCGUGAUGCUUGGUACACUUCAUAUCAUAAUCUGGACUACUCGCAGAUCGGUCAUGCAAAGCGUCUUUCACAGCAUGAAACGUUUUUCCGAGAAAGCUCCAUGCACACUUCACACAAAGCUACCAUUGAGCACUUUCAGCUGCGUAAUCUGAUGUCGACUCCUGGAUCUAAUACUGUGCAUUUCGCCUCCAGCUCAAAAGUGCUUUCGUGGACCCCGACUAUCGGCGACGCUCAUUGCCUGAUCGACAUGAGCCAGGCAGACCCAGAAUCUGGAUUCCUUGGACCCGUCAAGAUCUCCACGAUGAAAACAGCGCACGGCUUAACCAUCGCAGGCGGGUUCUGCGGUGAAUAUGCUGUUUGUGACUCGAGCGGAUCGGGCGCCGGCAUCAAGGGCCUCGUUACCCCGGACUUCAACGAUGGUAUCACAAAUCACGUUGACAUAGUCCCCAACCGCACCGGCCCCUCUCCCACCGGUGUCUUCGCCUCCAACGACAAACACCUCCGCAUCCUAGACACAGAAACAAACACUUUUACCUCGGAUCAAGAACUGUCCCAACCAAUAAAUUGCACCGCCACAUCCCCCGACGGCCGUCUCCGCGUCGUAAUCGGCGACUCUCCAGACGCAUGGGUCAUCGAAUCCGACACCGGCCGACCAGUCCACCCGCUCCGAGGCCAUCGAGACUUCGGCUUUGCCUGCGCCUGGUCACCCGACAUGCGCCACAUCGCAACCUCCAACCAAGACAAAACUGUCAUCAUCUGGGACGCACGCACGUGGCGUCCACUCGAAACCAUCGACUCCGAUGUUGCCGGCUACCGAUCGCUACGCUUUUCACCGGUCGGCGGCGGCCCACGCACACUUCUCUGCACGGAGCCGGCCGACCGCAUCUCGAUCGUCGACGCACAGAUGUACCGCUCGCGGCAGGUGCACGAUUUCUUCGGCGAGAUUGGCGGUGCAGAUUACUCGCCGGACGGUGGGGAGAUCUGGGUUGCAAAUACCGACCGUCACUUUGGUGGCUUUAUGCAGUACGAACGCCGGCAGUGGGGGCGGCGCGUCGGACUGACCGAUUUGCCGAGCGAGUGGCUUACGCAGCAGCAGUUGGCGUCGGAUCCAAGGUGUGUUUUGAGCAAAAGGGAGCGAGGAUUGAGGUUUUUGAGGAAUAUGUCGGAUGCGGAGCAUGAUGCUUUGAUUCUUUGA